AUGACAUCUACUUUCUAUAAAAUUUCUACUUUAACCAUGUCAAGUCCUAAUAAAAAUAUAUUCAAUAUUGAGAAUAACAUGGUUGCAGGUGAAUUAGUAAUGGAAGGCGAGGAUAUUAUUGCAUUAAUUCAACCAACAGAAAUAGAUGAGCAACAGGAUGAAACAUUUAUUCCAGAAAUUUCUACUACAGACACCAUAAUGUUUUAG